AUGACGACAACUUCGGCCCCCGCGGCCCCUGCAUCUGCGAUUCCCCAGCCUAACCCGCGCGACGAGGCGCAGAGCUUGGACACCAAAGACAGGGGCCAGAAAAAACCAGAAAAGAAUGUUCAUAUUCCUAAGCCAAAGUUCCGUCUCCAUGCCGAGGACCUCCGCCAUCCAGGGUCUACGGCGUUCCUAGUCUAUAUCCCGAAUGUGGCAUCAACUCUCGAUACGGCCCUCAGCAACAUCGUCAGAUACCUCUACACGGCCCCAGAAUAUGAAUCUACAGAGGCAGGAAGUGCCCCCAAAUCGAAGCGACCUUUCUUCUGCCCCUCAAUUCCCCCCACCCGCUCCGUGACGUUGUUCCUGCGCGACUUCAGUGGCGUAGCUUACACUACGGGUACCGAGCUUGACGACGACCACAAAGAAAUCCAUCUCUCGCUGCCUUACAUCAAACAUUGCAAAGAGUCUUCUUCGAAAGCUGACCCAGUUGACGAGCUAGCCGGUGUUCUCACGCAUGAGUUGGUGCACUGCUACCAACACACCUCACCCCCGGACUCUGAGAAAUCCGGAAAAGAUAUCCCCAACCCACCUGGAGGUCUUAUCGAAGGCAUCGCGGACUUCGUUCGGCUUAAAGCUGGCCUGUCGCCGCCGCACUGGAAGCGACCUACGUCGUCCGCGGAGCGGGAGAAAGAAUGGGAUGCCGGAUAUCAGCACACGGCAUAUUUUUUGGCGUGGAUUGAAGACGUUUGGGUUGGCCGGGGCGCAAUCGGCAUGUUGAAUGAUCGGCUCUUCAGGGUUGGGUAUGUGAGCGGGGAGAAGGGGGACAGCGAUGAAGUUGGCUUCUGGGAGAGUCUCUUCGGUGCUGGAGUCGCAGAGCUGUGGGGUGAGUAUGGGCAGUGGCUUGAUGGCUGUGACGAGCGCAAUCGGAAGGCUGAAGGGAAUUGGGAGGAAGAGAUCGUCAACCCAGUCUAG